AUGGACGUCCUGCUUGUGUUUGCUGUUUUGACAUCCCUGUCCUCCGUGUCCAGUCUCAUCAGUCCCAUGAAGACGUCAGAUGGCAAGGUGGACCUGGACAGCGUCCUUACGCACGUGCUGCUUUUGGAGCAAACAGUGUCCCGUCUGACCAAGGCCCAGUGCAGGAAAUCGGACCUGGAUUCACUUGCUGUAAAUGUCGUCAAUUUGAAUGCCUCUCUAGAGAAAACUAAAACGCAGUUCAAGAUUGAACAAGCUAAAACACCAAGAAUCACAGACAACAAGGGCGGAGGGUACCAUGCUACUUCCGGUAUAUUUGAAGCUCCCGUGUCCGGCACCUACCUCUUCUGGGCCAACGUCAUGGGAUAUAGCAGUGGGCACCUCCAUAUUGCAUUGAUCAAAGAAGGUGUUACACUUGUGAUUGGGUAUAGUCCGUAUUAA